AUGACUUACACUUGUGUUCAAUUCUUAUAACCAGUUUUUGAUUGGUGCAUUUUAAACCACGCCUCUUUUCCCCUAACUUGUCUGUGAUUGGUCUAUUACCACGUCUGUCAGGUAAAACUCAGCUCUGUUAGGACUGUGCCCUUCAGUUGUGUAGUUUCUACACAGCACGUGGUUCUACUUGGCCUUGGCUUUCAGUGGACUGCACUUGAGCGAAUUUCAUCUUUUUCAAAGUCUCUUCAACGGUUAAAAGGUCUUUCUUCUUUGUGUGUACUGGACUUCAUCAGCAGAACCAGCGGAUAAUUUUAGUGGAUUGAAUUUCCAGGGACGUCACAAAGUUACAGAGGAACAGGAAUUGGUUUAAAUUAUUUCGUUCAUUUAAUACAACUGUUUUCUGGUAUAUAUUUUACUGUUUCUGUGUGAGUUUUUGUAUUUCUAUUGGUUAGGUGAAGAUGCCUCGCCUGAAGAAGCACAACCGUUCCAUCGCGGCCAAGAAGAGCAUGGAGGAACGCCUGGCAGCAGUGGUGGCAUCUGCGCCUCUGGUCCCCACCACUUGCUUCCCACCACCAACACGUGGUCCCUCACGUCGUGGUACUGGUCGUCGCCACCGUGUGAGCACCUGGCCAGUUUCACCCCUGACUGGCAGGAGUCACAAGAUGAUCAUCCCAGCCGAGUCACCUGACAAGAAGUUUGUUCUUUUUGUCGGUGAUUCCCACCUGCGCGCCAUUGUUGAUGGCCAUGUGAAGAUUUCGCACAAGCAGCUUUCUUUUGGUCUCAUGUCAACGCCAGGGGCUGACGCCAAGGACCUGAGGACUGAGAUGGUGAGUGCAGUCCUUCCCAGGACACCUGACCUUGUUUGUGUUCUUGCGCCCAGCAACAACUUGACUAAGGGGACUUUGGAUCAGGCUGCAGUGGACUUUGAGGAGCUUCUCACCAGUGCCUUGUCUCGGUGGCCGAAGUUGUUUGUCCUGGACUUCCCUCCGCGCCGGAACGUGGAUCAGGACUUGCAGGAACUUUUUCGCCAGGAGUUUCACCGUGUGGCUGCACGCAAGGGUGUGAGGUACUACUCUAUUGCAGAGUUCUUUCCUCUCAGCCAGCGUGACCUGUGGAGUUGGGAUGGGGUGCACCUGAGUGAUGGAUCUGGGAUGAGGACGCUGGUGACAUUGCUAUGCGACAAAUCCAGUCUGGAGCUAGCGAUGGCUGUUGCACAGGAGGAGUCGCGUAGCAUGUUGCCAGCUGUUCCUGCUCCUGCUCCUCGUCUGGCUCCGAGGUUGGUUGUGGUUGGAGAGGCCCGCUCUCCACGUCCGUUGCACAACCCAUUGGAUUGGAAGGUGGUUGAACCACGCAGGACGGGGAGCAGCUCGCCCCCUAAGGGAGGGAAGGUUCAGCUCAGGGAUUGUUCCAUCCCUCUCACUCCUGUGUGGUUCAGCCCACCAAUGUUGGAGAUGAUGGACAGUGUCCGUCCGGGCAAUCUUGAUCAGAAGGAGCCCAGUACUUCUGCCAAGGGACCAAUGGGGGUCAAGCGUCCUAGGAGCCCUUUUGCUCCAAAGAAGAGCUGUGGGAAACAGAAGGUGAAGGUGGAGGAGUGGCCUGAACUUCCCAAGGCUGUGUCGGUGGAGGUGGGGGAUUGGCCUGGAGUGCCCAAGGCUGUGGAGGAGGUCCCUGUGGAGCGUCCCCGCAGACGCAUUGUCUUCAAGAAGAGGCGUACUUCUCAGCAGCAGGGGGCAGCUGCAGAUGUUGUGGAGGUGAUGAGUGGACCAUCACCUGUGACCAUUGAAGACUGUCCCCCUCUGCACAGCUCCCCAGACCUCAUCCAAAGUAAGGUCGCUGUUUUUGAUGCUUUGCCGGUAACGUUUGAUGCUGGGUCUGUUAGUUCAGGGGAAGAGGAGAUCAUAGUGGUCUCUGAUACAGACAGAUUCAGAGGGACACAGAAGUUGUUUGAGAUUGCUGGUGUUCGUGUCACUGUCAAAGUAGAUGGUGGUGCUAGCCAGUCAUCUUCAGGGAAGAUUGGUGCAAAGCGCAAGGCUACUACAAUGCCUUCUCGUGAAGAUGCCUCGCCUGAAGAAGCACAACCGUUCCAUCGCGGCCAAGAAGAGCAUGGAGGAACGCCUGGCAGCAGUGGUGGCAUCUGUGCCUCUGGUCCCCACCACUUGCUUCCCACCACCAACACGUGGUCCCUCACGUAUGUGUUCACCUGUUUUCUUUAA